AUGAAAAAGUUUAUAUCGAAGUUUGAAACAAAAAACGAACCAACACCGACAUCCAGUAGCCGAGAGACGAACAGUUUCGUGGGUAAAACCUUCAAACUGAGCAAAGAGAACGUAGUGACCGUUGAGGAAGUUCUGGCGGAGGGAGGAUUUGCGGUGGUGUUUCUAGUCAAAGGAUCGAAAGGUGAACGCUAUGCCCUGAAACGGCUCUACGUUAACAAUGAGUACGAUCUUGGAGUAUGCAAUCGAGAAAUAAAGAUAGCGAGCAACCUGAGCGGCCACAAAAACAUCAUCGGUUACAUUGACCAUAGUAUCAACGCGAAAGGAAAUGGCGGGGUGCACGAGAUACUACUGUUGAUGCCGUACUGCAAGACCAAUUUGCUGGCUUUAAUGAAUGCUCGUCUCGGAACGGGAUUCACUGAACAAGAAGUGCUUCAAAUUUUCUGUGACGUAGCAGAAGCAGUUGCCCGACUGCACCAGUGUCAGACACCCAUAAUCCAUCGGGAUCUUAAGGUGGAAAAUAUUCUUCAGAACGAUCAGGGCCACUAUGUGCUGUGUGAUUUUGGUUCAGCAACCGGCCGCAUCCUCAAUCCAAACAGUCAUGGCCGUACGAUGGUGGAGGAAGAGAUCCAGAAGUAUACUACCCUGUCAUACCGAGCGCCUGAAAUGAUCGAUCUUUUCAGCGGUCAGGAUAUUACAGUUAAGGCAGACAUUUGGGCACUUGGAUGUCUACUCUACAAGAUUUGCUUUUUCACGCUUCCGUUUGGUGAGAGCGCAUUGGCCAUUCAAAGCGGCCAGUUCUGCAUCCCGGAUGGUUCGAAAUAUUCACGAGAAUUGCACCAAUUGAUUCGAUACAUGCUGGAACCGGAUCCAGAAAAACGUCCAAACAUUUAUCAGGUGUGUGAUGUAGCUUUCAGCAUUGCUGGACGUGCGAAUCCUGUUCGCAAUCUCACCAAAUGCUCGGUUCCGGGUUUAGAAACGCUGGUAGUCCCACCAUUUGAGUCGGAAACUAAACGAUUUCCGGUCCCAUUAGGCGCGGCAAUGAGUGGCUCGGGGCCAAAACCGGCAAAACCUGCCUUGCAAGCGCCACUCGAAGGAGGUACCAGUGUCGCACCCCGACAAAGACCAAAGGCAUCGCAGGCGAAUGCUGCUACUGUUCCCGGCGCAAGCUUUUCCUUAGGCCUACCACCAAAUCCUUCACCAAAAAAUAUUCUAUCUUCGCCGACACCCGGUGGCGCACCUACAGGACCAACGGAAGCACCGGAAGCAUUUGUUGCAAAAUUUUCGGCCAAUUUUCCACCAACACCGGGAACGGCGGUGCCAGUAGCCACCCUCUUUGAGACAACCUAUCCAGAUCCGUUUCGAGAGCCAGAAAUGCCUUACGGUGAGAGCAGCAACAUCGUCUCGACAAAUCAUUCGUCGUCCUCUUCGUUGUCUGUGGUGCAUUCGCCCAGUCAUCCGGUACCGCCAUUAUCUACCAGUAGUGCCGCAUCGACUGCCACCGUCGAAGGAACGAGCUCCAUCCUGGCCCCGCCGAAAUUGGUCAGCGGUCAUAGGCGCAACGUGAGUGAUACAUCUGCCUUCAACAAAGCGUUCGCAACGGAAACAUGUCAGUUCUUAGCAUACGAGCAAUCGACUAAUAAUUACCAACAAACUUCCAGUGCGAAUCCAGCAAUAACUGCGCCAUACACUGUCACCACCGACGGUUCGAACGGUUCCAUACAUAAUAUACAUACAAUUGCUUCGUCGACGGCGCUAGCAUCAUCCCUUGAAACGCGGCCAGCGAAUCUAGUUGCGGCUAGCUCCAACCCUCAGUUGCAUCAACCCAGAUCGAAUUCUUCUGCAGGUAUUGCAGGCAGUGGAAUGAACUGGAAUCCUUUUGGAGAUCCUACUCCGUUUGCGCAGAUGACCGAGGAUCACAUAUUCGGAGAAGAGUUUGACAAGAUAAGGCAGCAGGGAAGUCAAGGUAGCUUGAAGACACCGCCUGAGGUACCACGUCACUCGUCACUUCCUCUCAUCCAAGCUUUAGCUACGAACACAACUUUGUCAAACAUUCAGCAGGCCGCCCAAUUUUCGCCUGAAAACCUUCCCGAUAUGCUUGCCGAUGAUGAUGACGACCCAUUCAGCUCGGCACCAUUUUCUCUCCCAUCUCUGCGCGGGGGAGGAAAAUCAUUCAAGGCCCUCACUUCGCGCAAGGUGAUUGUAAUUGACGGUGGUUUUAGCACGCAGCUGGCCGAACAUGUCGGCCCAAAAGUGGAUAACGAUCCGCUCUGGACGUCCCGUUUCAAUGCAACCAAUCCAAGUGCGGUGCUGGAGACGCAUCUCGACUUUCUCAAGGCCGGUGCGGAUUGUAUCACGACCAACACGUACCAGGCGUCACUCGAAGGAUACAUGGAUUUUCUUGAUCUUAACGAAGAUGAAUCGCUCAAGCUCAUCCGGGCGAGCGUCGAGCUGGCGCGGCUCGCUCGCACCCGGUACAUAGCUGAAAAGCAGGAGAACAAAUCCCACAAGAUUCCGUGGAUCGUCGGAUCGAUUGGACCCUACGGAGCACACUUGCACGACGGCUCAGAGUACACUGGGGCGUACGCUGAUCAAGUGCCAGCAAACCGUCUUCAAAAGUGGCAUCGACCACGAAUCAAUGCCGUCGUCGCUGCCGGGGUGGAUGCGUUGGCGAUCGAAACCAUUCCCUGUAGGGUGGAGGCGGAAGCGUUAUUAGAACUACUCACAACCGAACAUCCUGGCGUACGUUUUUGGAUAUCGUUCCAGUGUCGCGACGGAACCACUAUUGCACACGGGGAAAACUUUGCCGAAACAGUCAUUGAUUUGUGGUCGAAAGCGGCGUUACUGGCCAAUCCCAAUUUGUUGGCAAUCGGCGUUAACUGCACACAUCCGCAAUACGUUACACCGUUGCUACGAUCCGUUACCGAGCGACGAGGAGCCUCGUCGGAAGCUGGUAGUUGCUGCGAUCGUAUACCUAUGAUCGUAUAUCCAAAUUCAGGCGAACAGUGGGAUCCCGUUACCGCUUCUUGGCAUGGUACCGAGAAUGUCAUACCGCUUGAAUCAUACAUACCCCAGUGGGUGGAGUGUGGUGCAAAGUUCAUUGGAGGGUGCUGUCGCACAAAUGCACGAGACGUGAAACGCUUGAAAAAAACAAUUAUCUCGCUUUACGGAAGUCGUAUCAGUGAGCAAUAGGCAUGAGGAUUUCUAUUUGAAGGUUUGAUUUGAAUUCAGUUUGCUAAAAUGACAUACGACUCUGUUGGCCUACUAGUUGACCAGCAUGUUGAAACCUAAUAAUUAUAGAACUUAACAGUGGUUACGUGUGAGUUCGUUAAACUAAAAUUAUACAAUUGCAUACAUCUAUCAAUGUGCACACUAAAGCUUCGGAAAGGUUGAGGCGAGUUGUUAUAAAACUUCAGAUGCUUUGUGUUUAGCUUAUAAUCUGAAAACUAAUCAAUGGCAACCGUGGGUUGUUAACCGAAAAUGGGUAACUUUUUGCCAGUUGCAGAAGUCGUCUUUCAAGUAGCAAAAUAUGUUGUAUCCUUCAACAGACACGAGGAAUAGAAAGCGUCUUGAAAGAGUAUUGAAUAAUGAAACGUGUUUGGCCCUACUUUUCGCAUUCUAGUCUUUAUUUUCAAAUGUAAUAGGUUCUGAUGUUCAUGUGGUAGAAAGCAUUCCAGCAAUCACCCAUGCACCGAUUAUUGUUAUUGUUUGCUUACUGAUAAUUUUCUACAAUUAUUCUACAGAAACACUUGGCUAAAUUGCAUCUUUAGCAUAGUAUUAGGUUCAAAGGGGUGCGAGCAGAACACUUUCGAACAUUAUAUCACUUCCACCAAUCAAAAGAGAACAUUUUCUAAGUCAGUGUAAUAUGCAUAUGAUGUAUGUAUGGUUAAUUAGAUUAUUAGCUGAAUUAUUUGCACGUCGCAAUGUUUAGUAAAACUAGAAUUUUC